UUCUAUUCUAUUAAUCUGCUAUUAAAAUUUAAUUUUAGUAAUUCUCGAAACCAUUGCAUCGAGGGGGGGGGGGGGGGUCUUUCUGAGCUAAAAACAGCUACAGACCAGCAAUCUCUGCCCCUCUUCCAAAAGUCUCCUUCUCAAGAACCGAUAACUCUCUCUCUCUUUCUCUUUCAAAAAAGUUAAAGAAACUAGAAAGGAAAAAUACCCAAAAGCUAUUUCUGUAGUUUGAAGGUCAAAAACCUCAAAUUCUCGCUCCUCUCUCUCCAACUUCAAUGUGUGCAAAUGUGGGUGUGAAAUACCCUCGCCACGAACCCCUUUCUACUUAAUAGUUAAAGUUUUUAUUUUUCUUCUUCUUCUUCUUCUUCUUCCCCCCCUUGAGCUUUUCCUUGUGCUGUUGUUUCUUUCUUGGUAUUGUUCAUUUGUGCCCUCUUUACUUCUUCCCGUCAAAUGAUUAAGCCCAUAUAAAGUGGGAAAUGUGGGAUUUGCUUUCUUUGUGCGGUUGAGUUCCUAAUUGCUCUUGCUUUUUCAAUUUCCAUGAAAACAAGGGGAAAGUGGAAAUAAAGAAAGAAAUUAGUGGGUUGAGAUUUUGCCCUUUCCUAAUUCUGCAUUUUUUUACUGCAACAUUUUCUUCCCCACACACUAUCUUUAAUCUGAGAAAAUGAGGAAGCAUGGGUGGCAGCUUCCCUACCAUCCUCUCCAGGUGGUAGCUGUUUCUGUGUUUCUGGCAUUGGGUUUUGCCUUCUAUGUGUUUUUUGCUCCUUUUGUGGGGAAGAAAUUGUUUCAGUACAUUGUGAUGGGGAUCUAUACACCUCUUAUUAUUGCUGUGUUUGGAUUAUAUAUACGCUGUGCUGCCGCGGAUCCUGCUGAUCCGGGAGUUCUCAAGUCCAGAAAGUACCUCAAGAUUCCAGACCAUAGAAAACAUGCCAAGGGCAAGGAUUUUAAACUAGGGAUUGAGUCAAGCUCAUCUAUAAAUGAUGGGGAGAAAACUUUUGUCAAAACAAAGGAAGCUCAAGCAGCUGCUGCAGAUCAGGCUUCUCAAUCUGAAGCAAAACUUGGGGGUUCUUCUCGUCUUCCAGUGUGCUUUUCUGUGCUGUUGCCUUUACUGCCUUGCGCUUCUAAGUGCUGCUCGAAUGGACAUGAAGAGUCUUCUGAUCGGCAUGCAAGUGAAGAAGGCAUGUUCUAUUGCAGUUUGUGUGAAGUUGAGGUGUUCAAAUACAGCAAGCACUGUAGAGUAUGCGAUAAAUGUGUUGACCGAUUUGAUCACCAUUGCAGGUGGCUAAACAAUUGUGUAGGGAAGAGCAACUAUAGGAAGUUCUUCACCCUCAUGGUCUCUGCUCUUCUAUUGCUUAUACUUCAGUGGUCAAUUGGAAUCCUUGUUAUGUUCUUGUGCUUUGUUGAGAAGAAGAGAUUCUCCGCGGACAUACCCUCUAAGCUAGGAAGCAGUUUCUCCAUGGCUCCUUAUGUCAUUGUCGUGGGGGUCUGCACCAUAUUGGCUAUGCUUGCGACACUCCCACUGGCUCAGCUUUUCUUCUUUCACAUACUUCUCAUCAAAAAGGGACUCAGCACGUACGAUUAUAUAAUGGCUCUGAGAGAGCAAGAACAACAAGGGAUUGGAGGGAAUCAAAGUCCUCAGUUGUCCACGGUUAGCUCCAUAACGGGGUUGAGCAGUGUAAGCUCCUUCAACACCUUCCAUCGAGCAUCUUGGUGUACGCCCCCGCGCCUCCUUCUUGAGGACCAGUACGAUGUGGCUCCUCCUCAUCAUCAUGACAACGCGUCCGUGAGCUCUUUUGGGAAAAAGACGGCGGGGGUGGGCGAGGAGGCAGCGAAGAAUAAGCACGUGAGCGCGGUGAAGAUAAGUCCGUGGACGCUGGCGCGGAUGAACACGGAGGACAUCUCAAAGGCCGCUGCCGAAGCGAGGAAAAAGUCAAAGAUUCUUCACCCAGUUGCCAGACAACAACACCAGAAACCGCGUCACGGUCUCGACGACGAGGAUGACGAAAACGCCCCUAACGACUACAGUCUCCGGCACCCGCGUCUCGAAAGCAACAACAGGACGCCGCCGCAGAGCAAGCACGUGCGGGUCCCACCCGAGACAUCGACGAGCUUGGCCCCGCUGCAUUUCGAGCCUUUUCACACAAAUCCGAGACGGGGCUCGGUGUCCAGCUCAGACAGCAGCGUGGAGCCCUCCUCCCCGGAUAUCCCCCACCCUUUCAGGGCGGCUUCCGGCGGAAGGAUUACGGCGGCAGCAGCCAUGAAAGAAAUCUCAUUUUCCAGGUCAACUAGCGACGGGUACGAGGCGUCAGGUGGGGAGGACAGUGACAGAGUCCCGGCAAGGUUUGCCGGUAGGCUGGUGGGGCCGCCGUCUUCGGCGGCGGCGGCGGCAGCCCAAGCUGACAGCAGGAUGCUCUGAUGACAAAAGGAAACUCUUUUUUACUGUUUAUUCGCCGAGAUUGAUCCCGCCGGGAAAAUGGGCAGAUUCAUCUCCUUCAAAUCUAUCAAUUCAUCAGUUCAACCCAUUUGUACAUCAAGUUUGAUGGGGGGUAAAGUGGGGAGAGGAUACAGCACAUAUUUUUAUAUCUUUAUCUGUUUUGUUCACUGAGGGGGAGAUGCUGAAAUUAUGUUGUCUUACUGUGUU